AUGGAUCACGUGUUGCAAGUCAACCUGUCCGAGUCUGACUCCGACGACUUGUACGACUCUCUGCUCGAUCCAGGUGAUCCUCUGACUCAGUUCCAGCAACCGUUCAACCGUGGGAGCCAGCGGCAGUCUUCUCCUCCUUCCCGCAGCGGUGCAGCGACCAGUCGACCUCGCCGCUCCCGCGGCGCUCCGCCGCGCUCCACUCGGCCAUCUCCACCACGUCCACAACAAGAGCCCAACAUCAGGGAUUGGACCAUCGCCCGGCUCCAGCGGUUCCUGAGGGCAAAAAACAUCCCCUUCCACCGCAGCGACAACAAGUCCAGGCUGUUCCAGCUCUAUUCAGCCGCUGCCCGGGCUCCCGAGACCACAGCUCACUUUCUCAAGCCGGCUGCACUUCCGGGUCGCCCUCCGAGGCCUACUCCCGCCAGCGUCACCGUCGGUGACAUCACGGCGCCUCCGCCACUCCAGCCGGAGCAGCCCAGGAGCCCCGUCCUGCAGCACAACAGGCUCCUCCGGCGGGUGUUUCACUGCCUUCCACUCUCUUUCCGACGUGUCUCUCCUUACCCCUCCCGUACCCCCCCCCCCACCCCCUCCCUUCCCCAACACCCUAAUGUUUUUUCCUCUGCUGCCGUCUACACUCUAGCCACAGCCACACCACCAGCUCUGCCAGCCUUUACCAUUCACCGCCCCUCACCCGUCUCGCACUCACUGCGCCAGCAAAUACUGUCCGAAAUCCGGACACUGGGCUCCAGACUCAGAUGUCCAUCCCACACCGAUCCCACCGUUUUCAGCAACCAUAUUCAACCAAAUCCUCAUCUGGCAAAUCUCACUCACAUCUCCCAAGAAACCAUCCUUAACAGUUUAGCACCAAGCACGCUAUCUGCCUACCUCACCGGCUGGAACUCUUUCAAGAAUUACCACGCCACUUAUCUUCUACUGUUUCCCUCUCUGGAUGCCAUGUUCAUAUGCAACUUCAUCACACACUGUCAUACCGUAACAAAGAUCCGGGCCUCCAGCAUACAAACAUAUCUAGCUGGUAUCAACUUAUUUCAUAAAUUAUCCACCGGCCUCCCUUGUCAAUCAAUCUCGCACGCUCACGUCACCAUGCUAAUCAAAGGCUUACGAAAGCACGAACCAGCGCUGACAGCCAGACGCCUCCCUCUCACCUCCGAUCUGCUCAGCUGCUGCAUACGCACUCUGCGCUCCGGUUACAUCUCUCCCACAGUCGACUUAACACUGGAAUCAAUGUUUCUACUCGCUUUCUUCGGAUUCCUGAGGUGCUCUGAAUUCGCUCCAACAUCAUCUGUCUACGAUCCUUCCCGUCAUCCCAGUCUAUCCGACAUCACCACCCACACUUCAGACUCGCUCAUAUUCAUGCUCCACAGGAGUAAAACUGAUCAGUUAGGAGUAACCUUUCCCAUCUACAUCUUCCGCCUCAACUCCUUUCUCAGCCCGCACGAGCCACUGACCAGUGCCAUUCAUUCCGCAUCGGCGCCGCCUCCUCAGCCGCCAGAUCAGGUAUUUCAGACCAAGUCAUUCAGGUCCUCGGCCGCUGGUCUUCACAAGCCUAUCAAACCUACAUCCACAAUAACCUCAAUGAUCUCCGUUUAGCACACGACAGACUAAGCCUCACUUAAUCAGACUCUUUUGGGGGCUUCCUAACAGCACGGGCUCAUCAGAACUCGAGACGGAACCCCCACACUGAGUCUCACCGCCCACAUCUACACCUCACCCAGUCCGACCCUCCAAUGAUGUCAUCUCCAUCCAUCUGCAAUCUGCACUCCCCUCCGAUGACGUCAUCUCCAUCCCGUUCAUCUGCACUCCCCCUCCGAUGACGUCAUCUCCACCCAUCCGCAAUCUGCACUCCCCCUCCGAUGACGUCAUCCCCAUCCCGUUCAUUCAUCUGCAAACCUGCACUCCCCCUCCGAUGACGUCAUCUCCAUCCCAUUCAUUCAUCUGCAAAUAUGCACUCACCUAUUCAUCACCACCUCAUUCAUAACCAUUUCUCUGACCAUACAUCUUCAUUAAAUCUUUAAACUGCA